AAGGGGAAUGGUAAGGAGGAGAAGCAUGGUGAGGAACAGUUGUGUCGCUCUCGACUGGGGAUGAUAAAAAUGUGGCGGCCACGGCGACCGACAAAGGCGCAGCCGGGAGCAAGAGGAGUGAAGGACGACAAAGGGGAUGCGGUGAUCGUCGACGACGGGGAGGUCAAGGCGUCAGUGAUAGGAGUUCCGAUGAUCGCAACGGCCGGGGGCGGGAAGAAGGGGCAACUAAAGGGUGGGAUUACGGUGUGUCGGAUGGAUGCUCUAGAUGGUUCUCCGGUUAUCGCUCCCGACGGUAAGGUCGAGGUCUCGGUGCAAGCGGAUCUAAUGGUCCCCAUGGUUGAGCGGAAGAUCAAUGCGCCGGUGGUGGAGGAGGUGCAGGCGACCAACGUGAAGGGGAGUGGUAAGGAGAAGAAGGAUGACGAGGAGCGGUUGCGUCACUCUCGGCAAGAGAUAGGGAAAAUGUGCCGGCCACAGCGACAGGCGAAAGCGCCACCGGAAGAAGGGGGAGUGAAGGACACCGAAGGAGUUGCGGUGAUCACCGUCGACGGGGAGGUUGACGCGUCAGUGCUAGAGAUUCUGGUGAUCCCGGCUGCCGGGGGAGAGGAGAAGGGGCCAUUGCAGGAUGGGAAUGUUGUGUGCCGGAUGGACGCUCUCGAUGGGGCUCCAGUUAUUGCCACCAGCGGGAAGGGCGAGGUCUCGGUGCAAGGGGAUCCGGUGGUCCCCGCCGCUGAGCAGAAGGUCGAUGUGGCGGUGGCUGAAGGGGUGCAGGGAAAUGGUAAGAAGAAGAAGAAGGAUGGGGAGAGGAUCAAGUGGCUGAAACACUACUCCUCGGCGCAGAGCAUACUCAUCGUCGGAGACGGCGACUUCUCCUUCUCGCUGGCGCUCGCCACCGCGUUCGGCUCAGGACAGAACCUCGUCGCCACAUCCCUGGACUCUUACGGGGCUCUAACAAGCAAGUAUGGCAAAGCUGAAUCUAAUGUAACAGAGCUCAAAAGAUUGGGGGCCACAGUUUUGCAUGGAGUUGAUGCGAAAACGAUGAAGCUUCACCCAUAUCUGGAGAUGAGACAAUUCGAUCGAAUUGUCUUUAAUUUUCCUCAUGCUGGGUUCACAGGAAGAGAGGAUCACCUUCAUGUCAUCAUGGCACAUAAGCAGGUGGUGCAUGGGUUUUUUGCAAAUGUGCGGCACCUGCUCCGGCCCUAUGGUGAAACCCACAUUAGCCACAAGACAGGAUUUCCUUACGAUGCAUGGGAUAUCGCGCAACUAGCCUACGAGUCUUCUCUUAUCAUGGUUGGUAAAGUUGAUUUUUCCAAGAAAGACUACCCUGGUUACAACCAAAAGAGAGGAGAUGGUGCAACGUGCGAUCAACCUUUUGCACUAGGCCCUUGCUGCACUUUUAUGUUCUGCAUCGGAGACGUAGAAAAGCUGAAGCAGGCGUAUGCAAACUGGGUUGGUUCGAUCUCAUACCUUGGUGACAGCAAAUUCUAUCAAGGCAUAUCAGCAACUGAAAUGUGGCCAUUUGAUCUGCAUUCACUUGCUCCAGCAUGGCAUCAGCCGUAUUUUCCUCCAGUCAACACAGUUCACAUGCCAAUAGCAUUUGAUCCUUGCCCCUUUGGAGUUGCUGAAAUGGAACAUCCAAUUAACUGUUAUGGACUAGAAUAUAUGAUUCCAGACCACUUUUUUCUUACCCCUUCUUGUACCGCUAACAAUAUGCUCCCAGACCACUCUUUUCUUCCCCAUCCUUGUACCUCUAACGCUAACUAAACUAGCUAGGUGCUCGCAUCGCAUGUUGAUCUGGGGCAAACAAAAUUGAAAUAGUUUUAUCGUUUUAACUGAAAAAGUUCACCCAUUUCGCUCAAUGGGCUUAUUAAGGAUCAUAAUUCAACCUGAA